AUGAGCUUGCAGGGCCGACCUGGGAUCAGGCCGUCACCAAUUGCUGGCUCAGCCUGCGAAGACACCCCAACGCCGACCAGCAGUCAUCAGGUACAUUCCUUAGAGGAGGUUGGAGCGAUCCUGGACGAGUGGAAUCUUGGACUGUUCAAGCACGAGGAAUUGGGAAACCUUGCUGUGAAGAAGGACAUGCACUACCUUGUCGAGACGCUGCGGUCCGUCCCUGACAAACAGACAAGUACCCGGAUCGUUGAGUACUCCUUGCAGAUGUUGGGGUGGGUUCACUGCGCGCUUCGUGUGGACCACUUUCUUAUGGAGCAUGAGGCUUUUCAAAACGCGUUGAUAGCUGGUACGCUUGAGGUUCUACAAGAUCACAAGUGGAUGUCUGUCUACUUCAGCGUUCUUGCAGUGGGUCUAUUCUUCAUGGGUGAUGAGGAUGCCCUGUCCCUCAAUGUGCCCAUGAUCGGACCGAGCCCCUAUUCUUUCUCGAUAUGUCACCAUUGGUAUCGUGCAGCAUGUUUGCAGCUAGAGCACUCCGAUGCCAUGGGCAAGCCGCAACUGCAUGUGCGCAGGACAGAAGUGGAAAUACAAGAAGGGAGAGGCUCUGUCGAGCUCUGCAUAGCCACUCUCCAGAAGUAUAGUCACAAGAGCACCAUUGGUCGUGAGGGCUCCAAGACCCUUAGACGGUUCUUGGACCUAGAGUCUGCUCAACAAGAAAGACCCAUCGGACAGGCUAAUCUAACACAGCUCAUCAAGAGCAUGGCCCGUCCUUUUGAGGAAUCGCCGUACUCUUCGCUCAACGAACACGAGCAGCCGUUAUGGCCGGCCUUGUCAACAGAUACAUUAAAUGUCGGCAUCGUCGGUAACGAAGAGGUUUUUAUGCCCAUAGUUACAUCCUCCCUGCCGGAAAUGGUCAACGCUUAUGGGCAGCCAGAUGCGUUCUGGCUUAUGGAAAGCAUCAUGUUCCCGGGAUAUUGA